UUUUAAUUGUGAAUAAAUAAAAUUCGAGAAUGAAAGACGUCGAGAAAAUCAUUGAGUUCAUAUUAAAGAAUCCAGACAAUUACCCAGGAGCACAUGUCACACCUGCUGCUAGAACUGGAGGAGGCUAUAAACCUCUAGAGUCAAAAGCACAACUUAUGAUUAUGUGGAAAGCCCUUAGUCAGUAUCUUGAGGAUAAAUUGACCUCAGGUAAAAAUGUAAAUAUUCGUGGAUUUGGAGCAUUUGCCUUCUCAAUCAAGACAGAUUUGCCAAGAAUCUCUACCAGAUUUAUUGAUCCAAAUGAUAAGAUUGAAAACCAAAGGAAAAUUAGAAAGCAUAUUCACAAAGUCACUCCACGCUUUGUUGUUGAUCCCAAGCUCCAAUACCAUCUGUACCACUACCCUGGCAAAGAGCAAGUUGAAGCUGCCAAGAGUCAAUACAGCAUCUACCAGAAAGGCUUCCAGAUGAUCUACUGCAACCCGUACCCGAUCUCAGCUGCCUGAAUGGUUCCGACCGAAGUCAUCAAAGACGGCCUUGAAGCUUUCUGGGCUGCAGUCAUCGACCUUACCAAGCAAGACGUCGAUGUCAACCUCAACUUCGGUUUUGCGAGAAUCGUGAUCGAAGACAGGAAUCUCAAAAUUAGGUUCAGAAGCGGAUUUGCAGCUAGUGUGAAAGGGCACGACUUCGAAGACAAGAUGAAGAGGUCUUUGUCGCCAUGCUCAACAUUCUGGAAAACAAGCCACAAGAAGGCAUGGGCAUCAUCAACAUUAGGAACAAUGCUAAAGACUCAUACGAAGGGAUUCGGAAGGAGAAGAAGCAUGCCUCGCUCAUAG